AUGGACCGCAUCAAGGAGAAAAUGAACUCGCUCCGUCUGGAGGCCGACGAGGCGGCCGCCAAGGUUGAGGAGCUCCAGGCCAGGGUCAAGACUCUGGAGCAGGAGAACCUCGCCAAGGAGCAGGAGAUCACAUCGCUGCAGCACAAGAACAGCGUCCUCGAGGGUGACGUCGACAAGUUGGAGACUUCCAUUAGGGACUUCAAGAAAGCUGCCGAGGAUGGCCAGCAGCACGGUACCCAGAACGAGACCCUUCAGCGUCGCUUGCAGCUGCUCGAGGAGGAGGCCGAGGAGGCCGACAAGACUCUCCGCGAGACCAACGAGAAGCUCCGUCAAACCGAUGUCAAGGCUGGACACUUUGAGCGCAAGGUCCAGGCCCUCGAGCAAGAACGCGACCAGUGGGAGCAGAAGUACGAGGAGAUGGCCAAGAAGCAUUCGUCACUCCAAAAGGAGCUCGACGACCUCCAAGCCGAGAUUGGUACCAUCUAA